AUGAGCAAAGACCUUAUCUGGAGAAUCACCAACGAGUCGCCGACGCCUCUCCUGAAAAUCAGAAAUACUGUAGCACACCAAAUUGAGCAUUCAGAUGUAUUACUGGACAUUUUAGUCAGAGGAGCUGUGUACAAGGGCUCCUAUACAAGCGCCCCAGGCGACUCAAAGGAACGUCAAGCAGGAACACCGAGCAGCCAGUGGCCCAUUGGCCAAGAAAAGAAUGACUGGAACAUCACCUUCCAUCCACCAGAAGUUACUGCAGUUACAGGAUUGUGUGUUCUCAUUUCAUGUACCUUCAAUUAUCCAGAUGAAGAAAAACCUAGUAAUCUUCGGUGGAAUGCGUGUAAUAAAAAAGGUGACUGUAGUGAAAUAUUCAACUUUAAAAAGUUGACCGACGAAAACGUGAAAGAAAAUAAAUCAAGACGGAUUGAGAUGCUUGAACAUGAUCUGACCAAGAACAACUGCAGCAUCAUCAUGAAAAACAUAACAGCAAAUGAUAAAAAAUAUUAUAUGCUCAUACUGGAGGAGUCUAGUCGAAACACUUCUAACCUCACAGUUAAGAUCACCAUCCAAGAUAAGCCUAAAAUGAAGGUUCCUCUUCUCAUUGAAGGACAGAAGGCCAAUCUCACAUGUUCAGCUCCUUUUCCUUGUCCUGAAACUCCUCCUAAAAUAACAUGGUGGAUCAAGACAAGAGGGGAAAACAUGACCUAUCUAAAGGAUAACAUCAUCCUGACCAGCUCCAAAAGCCUUUACAAUUCUACAUUGACCUUAACUCCAACCUUUGACCAGCACGAUGCCAUUGUAGCAUGUGAAGUGAGCUACGGAAGCAAAACCAUCAGUACAAACAGGACCCUCAAUGUCACAUGUGAUACAAAUGAACUGAAAGUGAACAAGUCCUUCAGUCCUGGAAGUGAAAACAUGCCACAAAAUGACACCACAAAAACUACAGGUAUAGAAGAUUUCUUUAAGAAUUUGAACAUCUCAACGAUACUCACAUUUGUGGUGGGAAUGAUGUGUUCGGCGCUCAUCUUCUCAAUGGUUUUGUGUUGUUGGGUGUUUUGCCACAGAUGCAAACACAAAGCGCCAACUGCAAAUACAGAGACUGAAGACAAUUUGGAGAUGGUGCAGACAGACGUAGCUCAGACUGGAAUCAAUGAGCAAACACCUCUUCACGGACAGCUUAAUGGAGGGAACCCAAACACAGCUGAACCAACAGACAGAGCAGAGGUAGACGAAGCAGUCGGGGCGGAAGCAGGAGAGGUCGACUACGCCAGCAUCGACUACUCCCUUUUAAAGGCUAGACCGCCUGAGGAGCAAGAGACAGAACCUACAGACACAGACUAUGCUGAGAUCAAGAGGGACAGGAGAGGAGAUGGGAAGGAGAAGGAAGUCCUUCAGGAUGAAGAUGACCAGCUUGAAACACCCAACCAGAUGGAUGGAGAGGAGGAACCUUAA